GCUCGCGCUCGGGGGAGGCUGAGGCGGCGGCAGGAGCAGCGGCAGCAGUAGGAGCAGCAGCAGCAGCAAUGGCGGAUUUCGACGCUUAUGACGACCGGGCCUACAGCAGCUUCGGCGGCGGCCGCGGGUGAGCGGGGAAGGGGAGCGGGGCCGGCCGGGGAGGCGGAGGCAGGCCUCGGGGCCCGGGCGAGGGGAGGAGCGAGGUGGCGGCGGCGGCAGGAGGCCCCGUGCGCGGGGCGGCGAGCGCGUGUGUCGAGCGAGGAGAAGGAGCCUCCGGGCGGGGGAGGCGGGCCAGAGCGAGCGCGGGGUCCGGGAGGGCCGCGGGCGAAGCUUCUGCGGCGGGGGGACGGGUCGGGCCUGGAGCGCCUCUCACGCGCGUGCCAAGAAGGGGGCGGGGGAGACGGAUCCGGGCUCUGGCGGAAGAGAAGUGGCCCCUGGCGGGGGGAGGUGGGUCAGGACAAGGGGGAUCGAGGAAGGUGUGAGCAAAGGUGUUCCUGGGGCGGGGGGGGUAUUUUGGGCUCUGGUGGAAGUGGCCUCUGACAGGAAAGGGGGGCUGAAAAAGAGAUCUAGGAGGGCAUAAUUGAUGGGAGGAAAUGGGCCAGGCCUGAGAUGUCUCUUAUGGGAAUGGGUAACAGGCUUCGGUGGAAGGUAAGGGGUCUCUGAUAAGGGAGGCGGGUCGAGGAAGGUGCAAGCUUAUGGGGAAAGGGCUCCAGCUUCUUUAGUCCCUUAGUGGGGUGUCAAGAGGUGGGUGGUGCGGGGGGGGGCAGGAAGACUGAUUUGGGCAUUGAUGGAAGGUAAGCUGGCUCUGACAGGGCAGGUUGGUUAAAGGGGAAAGCGGGAGGGGACUCCGCAGGGUGUAAGUAAAGCCUAUGGGGAAGAAGUUUCAGGCCUGGAUGCUUUUGCAUGGGAACUGGGAUUGCAGUCCCACAGGAGAAGAAGGGUGAAUAAGAUGGGUCCUACUUAAUUCGGCAUCACAGUGACCAACAUGAUGCUUCUGGGAAGUCCAGAGGUAGACAGGGUGGUGGGCAAUAGGAACCUGCUGUAAUGCCUGGGCAACUAUUAUUCAGAUAUAUUCUGCUUCUGCUGCUGAAGGUGGUAGCAUAUAGCUGUCAUGACUAGUAAACAAUGAUGGUCUUAAACUUUACAAAUUUGUCUAAUGCCCUGUAAAGCCAUCCAUGUCCAUUCCCAUUGUUGUCCCUGCAUUUUGUGGCAGUGAAUCCCAUAGUUUGUGCCAUUCAGUUUUAUUUGAUGGAUAAAUUUGAGAGAAUCUUCUGGUCCAUCCCUACUCUACUUUUUCUUCUAAACUACUCCUCCCUCAUAUUGUAACCUCUCCAUGUAGUUCAAUAAGGAGCUGAUCCUAUAUUCUUAGCUCUGGCUUGGGACCUGAGUUUGUUUUCGUACUUGAGUUUGUUCCCCAAGUUGGUGCUUAUUUUUGUGCAAGGGGGGUGGUAAUUUGAAUGAGUGGGGAGCAUGAGAGUCAUACCAUAGGAAAGAGUAAUAUGGAUAUGGAGGAAUGGAUGGAAGUUGGAGGAAAAUGUUUUCUUCUUCACACACACCCAGCAACUUAUAGAUGGAUAAGUAUAGUAUAUGGGGAAGGGGGCAUAAAAAAGUAACAGUUACUUUGCCUGUUUAUUUAUUUUUGCUUCCUCUUUUUCCACAUCUCAUGACUGCAUUCACGCAUAACAUUAAACCAUAACUGCAGGGCUGUCUUUGUGAGAGAAUCUGGAGUUAUUGACCAGUCCUAUUACUCCAGUAAGAAUAAUGUGUGAUCUCUUAUCAGAGCGAAGCUGAGAGGUUUCUAUUUUUAAUAGUAGAGAGUAUAUUUGGGAUAUAGUGCUUUGUAAACUGUUUAAAAGUGGUAUAAGUGAGAAAAUUAUGAAGUUUUAUAUCUUGUUCACUUGAGAGCAGUUAUCUCAGCCAUUCUCAUAAAAACCCCUGUAGGUUCAUCACGAUUAUCUUCAUAUAGCAAAUAUAGAGGGGGGGGGGAAGAGUCAGAGUGACUUGCCUGAAUAAGUUUUUGAGUGAAGGGGAGGAGGAAUGCCCAAAGAAGUCUUCAGUAUGUGAAAUCAUCUGGGUUAUCUUGACAGGUUUCAGAAAAUAGAAAGAACCAGCAUAAAGAAUUGUCGUAAGAAAAAUGCUUUAGGGUCAGUCAAGAAGUACUAUGUGUGUUGUGCUCACAAACAAAUCUGUGGCUUUGGGAGGUGACCACACUGUUCCAGGUUUACUUACAGAGUAGUAAUGGGGAGCUACUGCUUGACUGCAUGGUAAGUGUCCUGCAGGGUUUCAUCCUGUCCCCCAUUCUUUUUAACACCUGUAUGAUGCUGCGGGGAGAGCUCAUUAGGCAAUAUGGAGCAAAGUUUCAUCAAUAUGCAGAUGACACACAACUCUUUUUCUCUGUUCCAUCUGAAACAGGUGAGGCAGAGUGUUGACUGGACUGGUGGCAGUAAUGGGCUGGAUGUGGACCAAUAAAUGGAAAAUGAAUCCAGACAAGAUGGAGGUUUGCUUUGGGUUCUUGAAUCCAAGAACUAAAUGGGGUUGCACUUCCUUGAAAGGCAGGUAGAUAGCUUGGGAUGGUGCAUAAUACAGCUAUGUUACCUGAGGUCCAAGUUGCUUCAGUGGCUAGGUGUGUCUACUUCCUGGUUCACCAGCUACACCCAUUCCUGGGUAGCCACUGCUACUAGCCAUGAGACUAUGGUCUACCUCAACUGCAGAAGCAUUGUGCUUCUGAAUACAAGUUCCUGGGCAUCACAAGUGGGCAGAGUGCUGUUGUGCUCAUGCCUAGCUUGCAGGCUUCUGACAAGUAGCUAGCUUUCCACUGUGAGAACUGGAUAAUGAAUGAGAUAGGCCAUUGGCCUGACCUUUCAGGCUCAUCUUACAAUCUGGAAAAAAAAAGCCUGGCCAUAGUAACUCAUAUUCUCAUAACCUCCUGAUAAAAUUAUUGUCCACAUCAUCUAUGUGGAGCUGCCAUCACAUGUUUCAGAGGCUGCAGCUUGUGCAGAAUGCUUUGGCUAGGUACUGGUGGGCAUUGAUGGCUACACCCAUUUAACACUGAUCUUAAAGGCUCAGCACUGGUUGCUAGUUUGCUUCAGAGUACAAUUCAAUGUACUCUCAUCGAUGUAUAACGCCUUAAACUACCUGUGAUGCAAAUAUUUGAAGAUUGGCAGCCUGGCGUGUGAUUCUACUUUCGGAUGAAAUUGAUAAAAGUUGACUAAUAUGAGAGCUUUCUUUGGGCGCUUUCUCAUCUCUGGAGUGCCCUCCCUUCUGAGGUGCAUCUAGAGCAGUGUUACUUUCGUUUACGGAAGACAUAGCUCUUUGUCCAGGCCUGCAGGAGGAGCCAGGGAUAGUGAUGAGUCAUCUAGUUGAGUAUUUUGUUUUAAUGAUUUUUAAAGUAAUAUUUGUGGUUUUUCCUCCCUAGGACCAUUUGGCGAAGGGUGGAUGAUACUUUUCGCAAGUGAAUGGAAUCACUUGAAACAUUUCCUAUUCUUUUGCAGGCGGAUGGGUUCUGCUAGGAGAUGUGAUUUGUUUUCUGGUCUGCAUUCAAUUUGACUGCGUAUCUCUUUAGAAAAGCAUAUAUGCAUCUCUUACGAAAAUGGUUGUGGGUGUGAAACAUACUGGAUAGGAAGAUUUACUAAGCUCCUCAGUUUGCCCCCUUUUAUUUCAUAUGUCUUUCCAGGGUGGCCCUUUUUAUUUUGUCUACCUUACAGUAUGGUUUGUAUGGACUGCUGAGAAUUUACUAUACGUAGUGCUGCUAAUGUCAGCAUAGCUUGACAGAGUAACAUGAGUAAGAAAUAAAACAAAGCUAUUCCUCAAGGAGCUGCCAAAUCUAAAUCUUGAUAGAGCAGAAGAAAGUAAGAUUAUGGAUCAAUAAUCAAUAGGUUAAGCAGGAGUGGGGAUGAAUGGUAUGAAUCUAGGGGUCAGGGAAGGUAGAUCCUUUGGAUGUAAGGUGGAGCACAGAGUUCAGACGAAAUGGAAAUAGUGGGGUAAGGAUAAAAAUGAGAUUGAAGGUGAAAUAGAGAAUGAAAUACAAGGUUAUAUCCUUUAGGGUGAGGAGGUAGGUUAAGGCACUUAUACAUUUAUGAGGUGGAGCAAAGGAGAAGUUCAUGGCUACUCAUCUGGCUAGUUUUGAAUCUAGUGGAGCAGAGACUAAUGGCCUUUUGGUCACUUGAUGCCUCCCACAAAGGCUCCUGAACAGUAUUUUUAGGUGAUACUUUUUGUACAGGAGGAAUUGCAUGUGCCUUGCACUGUAUUAUUCUCCACAUUAACAUGAUCUGGCAGCUGUAUGGAGGUGAUCUGCUUUGCCACCUGGAGGUUCGUUUCCCCAACAUCUCUGCCAGGCAUCUUGCUGACCUGAUCACAGCUUGUACCUUUUGCUACAAGCCAUAAGAACUCUGCAUUCCUAGCCCUUUGCAGUGGCUAAGCAUGAGAAAGGAACAAGCAAAAGGCAGAGAAGAGUCUGACUAAAAUCAAAUAAGGGAGUAGGGCUAUGAGGAGUGGCUGGUGCUGCUUGUGUGUUGCCUAUGGAAAGGGAAGUGAACAUUUGGUACUUGGAGCUUACUUUUCAGUUCGAGUUUAUCAAACUGGGAAAUGAGCUGAUUACAGUAUGGGUGUAGUCUAAGAUGGAAAACUCAUCAGUGUAUGCCACAUUUCAUUGGCUCCAGCAUUUGUUCACUAGCAUUCUUAUUUAAAGGCUCCUGAAAGCAGUAGGUAGGCAUAAUACCUUGGAAAUUGGUUGAGCUGUUUACUGCUGCCUUUUGCAAAAAUGCUGACUGCUGUGGCUGUAUUAGUCUCAGUGCAAUUAAUUUCAGUAAUUAAAUAAUCUAAGUUAAACUUUUGAGCACAGCUGGGACACAAGCCUGAAAAAGUUUGUUCAGAUUUGCUGAAAAUAACAAACAGCACAUGUUGAUGGCCCCUUUAUUGUACUGUAUUGGUAAUUUCCUAGUUCCUUAAGUUGCAAUUUCAAGUGCUAUCAAACUGCAGUGAAACAACCUAAUUCUAAACAUGCAGUUGCAGCCAUUCUGUAACUAUAUGUUAAAGUUAUUGCCCCCAUUUCUGGACUGGAAAUUAGAUUUUGGUCUGCAGCAAAAAUAUUUUUGAUUCUGUUCUGGCAGAAAGUGCACUGAUGCAUUGCAGCGCGCCUUGAGCUCUUGUCACACAGGGAUGUCUAGAGAAGUGCCUGCUCCCAUUCCAACUCGUCUCUGGGUUUCCUGCCACCAGAUGUGACAACAGGAGGAUAUGUUAGUCCUGUUUGUUCAGUUUCCCCCAAAGUGGUUUCAUUUGUGCUGAGCUUAUAGUUAUUUAUUUAUCAAGAUAAGACGCUUCUUUCAGGCUGUUUGUAUGUUAAAUUUUUACAUUACUUUGUAUUCUAUUGUUUCAUUGUUGUUUUAAUAAUAGUCUGCUUUUAUUUUAGUUUUAUAUGAUUGUAAACUGUAAUAAAUUGUUGGCUGCAGCUGCUGAAAACUGUAAUCAAAAAUAUGUGAGGGUCACAGGUUAGCUGGUAGAGGCUACGUAUACUUUUUAUGGGUGUUAUGCACAUCUGUUGAACCUAGUAUUGUAUCUCAGCUUUAUAAGCUGCCUCACCUUUGAAAGGAGGUGGUGUUUUCCUAUUAGAGAGGCAGUCAGAGUGAUACGACUUUGCCUCUUCUUUCCUCACUCUUUAUUAAUGGCAUUGACUUCAUAGCUGGCAGCUGUGAUCGUUCUAAUGAGUAUUAUACCGGUGCCAGCGAUAUGCCAGGAGUGAAAUUGAGGCCAUUUGCAUGAAGACUUCCCCUCAAGAAGACUUGAUCCAGGGCUAGUGAUUCAUCCAGGCUAGGGCAGACCCUAUGGGAGUGAGAGGGAGUUGAGAACUCUCUUUAUAGCUAGGGAAGAAUCCUGAAUCUUCCACAAUCAUCACAUGCUCUUGUGCUGCAAGGGUGAUAGCAUUAUGUUAGUUAUUAAUUUCUUUGGAUUCUGCAGUAAUAUGGACUUUAGAAAAGUUGUAUCUUAAAAUAGUAUGUUGCCUCUAUGUAGGCGGCUGGUAAAUUUUUGACAAGGAAAUUGAGUUCUCUUCAGAAAGCUAUACAGAAGCAUUUAUGGUUGUAGUUUUUUUUAAGAGUAGAUUGUGUUUAGGGUACAUCAUGUCUACAUGCAUCAUUCUAAACAUCCUUUCUUGCAGACUAUACCAGAUAAUUUGCUCUUUACCUAGUUCCCAUUUCCUUUAUAGUCUCUGUCUUGAUGGAAUAGCAGUUUCCACCCCUGGCUAACCAGCUUCAUAAAUUUAGAUGACUACAGAUUGUCAUUAGGAAACACGAUGGGAUAGGUGUGUCACUGGGAGUAUCUAGGAGGGAGUCUUCAUCUAGGGCUCACGGUGCUGAGGUUGGUUUGCUGGUCAACUGGGUUGAGUAACUGUUCUUAAAGUGUGUCUAAUGUGACAUCUGUAUGAGUGUCCUUAUGAAAGCACAUGAAUUGGUCAUGGUUGGCUCAGAAAACCGAGUCACCCUUCCAGAAAACAGUUGUUCAUCUCUUCAUAGGACUGGUGGUGACAUGCUUCAUCAGUCUGUUGCCUCUGUUAGUUGUGAAGAAUUCUACCAAGCCCAACCUAUUUAUGGCUGGUUGAUGUGGAAGGAAAGACACAAAGCAAGACCCACUCAAUACUUAUUUGGACGGGCCAGUUUCCCUAAGCUCUUUGUGGUCGAACUCCAUAAGACUAAUAUAAUUUGUCACCCAUUUAUAAACGUAGUGGCCAUAUCCAUGAGACUAUACUGCUGGCAUUGCUGUUAUACGUAAGGUAUCCAUGAUGUGAGUUUUAAUGCACAGUUGGGUGCAGGUAAAGAAGAUCUUUGCACGUGUUCUAGCACUGAACCAACUGGUUUCUCUUUUUCUUUUUCUUGUAAGAAAAACUGAGAAGGUUAUGGUGACUGCUUCUAUUUAAGAAGUAGAUUUAGGACUGAUAAGCAUUUGAUACAGUACAGUCUCUCAACAGCACCACACUCAGAACUACACACUUACCCUGUCCUAGCUUUCAGUAUCUUUUCUUUUUCAAUAUGUAUUUAAGUUUAGAAAUGGUCUUAGUUUAGACUAUCAAUUUAGUUAACCUUAGUUGGAAGGCAUCUUUUUAUGUUUUCUGAUAGCAUUACUGUACUUGAAUAUUUACCUAGGCAUAUCUGCACCUUUUCUGCAUUGCUUUUCAUGUUUAAAAAUGGCAAAGAGCUCCAGGUAUAUUUGGAAUUGGCCAGUUGACCCCUGUGGCUUCUUUCUAGGCAUAUUAAGCAUGUUGAUCAGGUGAAAAGAAGGCAACUGGGAUGUAUUCCAAAUGGAGGACUGAUAAAAUAUCCAAAAGCGUUUGGCUAGCAUCUGUCCAAGUGCUGCCCUCCUAACUGAGAAGUUAGCUCUCUCCCUUCAUCCUUCAUUGUUCUUGAAAUUUGCUGCUUUUUGUGUACUGCUCGCAUAGUAGUUUUUCUUAGCAGUUAUGUGCCACUUAUCUAAAAUGCUUGCUGCCCUGGCAGAAUUUUUGACUGGGGCAUUAUACCAAAAAGUACAGUGGACACUCGGGUUGCGAACAUGAUCCGUGUCGGAUGCACGUUCGCAGCCUGCAGCGUUUGCAACCAACAGCGACGCGGGUUGUGAUUUGGCACUUAUGUGCAAAGCGCAAUUUAGCACUUCUGCGCAUGCACGACUGCCGAAACCCGGAAGUAACCCGUUCCGGUACUUCUGGGUUUCAGCGGUCCGUAACCUGAAAAAACACAACCUGAAGCAUCUGUAACCCGAGGUAUGACUGUAUUUUAACUACAAAUACAUGCUUUGGCUGUGGAAUAGUUUUCUUCCCAUAAGGACUGCAAAAAGAUUGUCUUGGGAAGGCCAUAGGCAAGUAGGGUGCCCUCCUUGCCUGUCAGAACAUUCAAAAAUAGAGGUGGGCAGAUCUGCAAUGCUUUGUUACUAAACCUCUCAGGUCCACCAAUUAGAACUGGAGCCUGGGCUCGCUAACUUUCUCCCUUCUUCAACCCUCUUCCCUUUCCCCUUUUAUUUCAUGCAUUUUAGAUUGUAAAUCUAGGGACUGUCAAUCCCUAGCACAUUGUAGUCAGGGACUGUCAAUCUGGGAGCCUUUUCAUCUAAAGAGCAGGGUUAAAAUGUUCUAAAUAAAUAUGCAAGUACCAAUCUACAUCGAAGUCACUAGAGAUAGGAUUCCAAUACAGCUUUAAAAUUGGCUAGCAGAGCUACACAAAGAUGUAGUCAAUAGGGCUGGGCUGUAUAUUGAUACAUAGCCCAAAACAGGUUUGAAGUUCAUAUCAUGAUACCAGUUUCAUAAUUUUUGACCUGUCAAUACAUCACAAAUAAUGAUAAAUGUUUGUGCUAUGCAAAAAAAUCACAAUGUGGGGAAAACCGUGAAGCCAGCCAAUGACCACACAGCUCCAUCCUUAUUUUACACAUUGUGAUAGAUCUCGAUGUGUAGUUAGUUGUCUAUCAUGGUGUUGAAAACCAGAUACUGCCCAGUCCUAGAAAGCCUGACAGUUAAUACUGGCUUAAAUAGGCUUGGAGAUUAUCUAUCAGCACAAGGCUAGCCAUAUCAGCAAAGUCCUCUGUACUUGCUCUUCUUAAACUGUUGGGAGUCCCAAAUUGUAGCUGCAGCUCAUCCAGAGGUCUUGUCAGUACAUCCUGAUCUACCUCCUGCCUGCCCUGUGUAUAAAAUGGCCUGCAUAUGGUUAGUAGUAUGUCAUUUUUUAACUGCCUGUCAACAUCUUCCAUCACGGACACCAAAUGACAGAGCCAGCUGGUUAGAGCCACCUUGCUGUUCCAGAUGCCUUUCAGGAUGAUGGGGUUGGUUUUAUGCAUUCCCAAUUCAGUCAAGUUAACAAACUGAACACCGUGUGUAUAUGAGUUAAUUUUAUAUAAAAAGUAAGUUGCCCUUGGGUUUCUACUCAUGCUCACUGACUGCUGUUCUUCAUACUUGGGGAGCUGCACAUAACUGCAUUUGUUCACAGGCAUCUGUUGUUGGGGCCGCACUGUGUAAUUGGGAGACUGGUUUUGGGAGACUUCAACGUCCAUGCCGAUGCCACUCCCUCCUCACAGGCUCUGGACCUAGUGACUUCCAUGGCAACACUAGGGCUCUCCCAGUUUGUUUUGGGCCCCACUCAUCAAGCGGGCCACACACUGGAUCUGAUCUUUGGGGCUGGCAUAGAUGUGAUCAUGCUCCCCCCUGUGGAAGUGCCAUGGUCUGAUCACUACGCUCUGAAAGCCAAGAUUGACUUCCUGCUCCUCCCCUGCUCGGGUGGCGAACCUUUUUGGGCUCGUCCGCGAAAACUGAUGGAUCCUGAUAGAUUCUGACAAGCCUUGCGGGACCCUGCUCCUCCUGGCGACUCAUUAGAUGACCUUGUUGAGGACUGGAAUAACCGGCUCUUGGCAGCCAUUGAUGAGAUCGCGCCUAAGCGCCCUCUGCGACCCCGUCGAAACUGGGCCCCUUGGUUUACUGAGGAGCUCCGGAAAAUGAAGCGGGAUCUCAGACAGCUAGAGCAAGUAUGGCGACGGACUCAUGACGGAGCCUCAAGAACAUCUUAUAGGACGCUUAUGAAAGCCUAUGAGAUGGCUAUGAAAGCUGCUAAGAAAUCUUACUUUGCAGCUUCCAUUGCAUCCGCUAGCUCUCGCCUGGCACAACUUUUUAGAAUAAUUAGAUCAAUAACGUCCUUAGGAGGACGACCAAAUUUAAGCACAAAUUCGACCCACAGUUGUGAGGCAUUCGCGAGCUUUUUUGCGGAUAAAGUCCUGUUGCUCCGCCGUGACCUCCCUGCCAAUUUAGAUACAGUGCCUGAACUGGAGGCCCCUUGACUGACUUCAGGUCCAGUGUUGGACCAUUUCGAUCGAAUACUCCCUGCUGAUGUGGAUAGAUUCCUCCAAGUUGGUAAGCCCACCACCUGCCUCCUUGAUCCGUGCCCGUCUUGGCUGAUUAGGGAGUGUCCAGAUGUUGCGCGGACCCCCCUGGUUGAAAUUAUCAAUUUGUCCCUUGACACGGGGACAUUCCCAGGGGAACUGAAGGAAGCAGUGGUAUGUCCACUCUUAAAGAAAACUUCAUUAGAUCCCUUAGACCUAUCCGAUUACUGCCCAGUUUCAAAUCUUCCAUAUCUGGGUAAGGUAAUUGAGAGAGCGGUUGCUGAACAGCUUGGUAGGUUCCUGGAGGAAACAUCGGCUUUAGAUCCAUUUCAGUCCGGUUUCCCUCCUGCUUUUGGGACUGAGACGGCUCUGGUUGCCCUAGCAGACGAUCUCCGUAGACAGCUGGAUCAAGGCGGGUCAGGACUGGUGAUCCUUUUAGAUUUGUCAGCAGCCUUUGACAUGGUCGAUCAUGAUCUUCUGGACCACCACCUCGCAGACGUGGGGAUACAGGGCAUAGCCCGUAACUGGCUGUGCUCUUUUAUCUCUGGUCGGGGACAGAGGGUGGCACUAGGGUGGAAAUGUCGUCGCGCCACUCCUUGGUGUGUGGAGUGCCGCAGGGCGCAAUCCUCUCCCCAAUGCUUUUUAACAUCUUUAUGCACCCCAUGCCCAGAUUAUCCGGAGCUUUGGGCUGGGUUGUCACCAAUAUGCUGAUGACACUCAGCUCUAUCUGCUGAUGGAUGGCCACACCGACUCGGCCCCGAACACACUGACCAGAUGCUUGGAAGCUGUGGCUGGAUGGUUUCGUGGGAGUCGAUUGAAACUAAAUCCUUCGAAGACAGAGGUCCUAUGGCUGGGUCGGGAUGGCAUGGGGAUGAGGGACCAACUCCCUUCUCUAGCAAGGGCCCAAUUAGUGCCAUUGCCUUCCGUUAAGAGUUUGGGUGUAAUCCUUGAUGCCUCCCUUUCCAUGGAGGCGCAAGUUACAGCAACAGCCAAGGCGACAUUUUUCCACCUUUGCCGCAUCAAGCAGUUGGUCCCUUACCUUUCCCGCCCCGACCUGACCACAGUGAUCCAUGCGACGGUCAUCUCCAGGCUUGACUACUGUAAUUCGCUCUAUGCGGGGCUGCCCUUGAAGCUGUCCCAGAAACUCCAGUGGGUGCAGAAUGCUGCAGCGAGGCUCCUCACGGGGUCUCUGCCAUGGGAGCAAAUUCACCCAGUGCUUUUCAAGCUGCAUUGGCUCCUGGUGGAGUACAGGGUCAGAUUUAAGGUGCUGCUUUUGACCUUUAAAGCCCUUCAUGGCCUAGGACCCUCGUACCUACGGGACCGCCUCUCCCAGUAUGCCCCACGGAGAGCCUCAAGGUCCAUAAAUAGCAACACCCUAGUGGUCCCGGGCCCUAAGGAAGUUAGACUGGCUUCAACCAGAGCCAGGGCCUUUUCAACUCUGGCUCCGGUCUGGUGGAACGCUCUGCCUCAUGAGACCAGGGCCCUGCAGGAUCUGAUUUCUUUCUGCAGAGCCUGUAAGACAGAGUUGUUCCGCCUGGCCUUUGGCUUGGAGCCAAUUUGAUUCCCUCCCUCUCUUCUUUUUUCUUUCCUUCUCCUCCUGCGAUGAAGCUACAUUUUAAUAUUUUAAUGUUUCAAUAUUUUAAUGUUGUAUUUUAAAUUUUGUUUUUAAGUUGUAAUCAUUUAACUUGUUUUUAUUAUUGCUUGUAAGCCCCUCUGAGCCCGGCCUUGGCUGGGGAGGGCGGGGUAUAAAUAAAAAUUAUUAUUAUUAUUAUUAAUAGCAAGAUUUUAGUUAAAACAUAUACCCAAUUAAUACAAAAACUCUACUUUCUGUGCCCCUGUGUCUGUAUACAUUAACACCCUCCUUUCUCUCUACUGGCUAAAUCUGAAUUGUCAACAACAGUAUAGUAUAACUGAGAUACAGCUCUACUGUAACAUCUCUUUUCUGCCUUCCCCACAUGGAGCAUCCUUACUGCUCCCUGAUCCCUGGAGCAUUCUGGCCUAGGCUCUAAUUCUGUGCUUGUCAACAGAUCUCGUGGCAGUGCUGGUGUUGGCUCACGUAGACAGAAAGAGCUUCCAACAGAGCCCCCCUUCACAGCGUACGUUGGCAACCUCCCCUUCAACACGGUCCAAGGAGACAUCGAUGCCAUUUUCAAAGAUCUCAGUGUAAGGAGUGUGCGAUUAGUCAGAGACAAAGAGACAGAUAAAUUUAAAGGUAGGUGCUUCUAUGUCUCUCCUUCAUAACCAAGUUUGAGGUAGAGAGGCAGCUGAUUAGGGGUGAGAGAUACCAGGUUUUAAGGUGCACAUGCCAUCUUAAGUAGUUUUCAAUCAUGCUCUGCUAAUCAGGAGCUACCUGAAGAUAAUGGGGAUUAAAACUGGGACCUUCUCCCUGCAGAGCAUGUGCUGUACCAUUUAGCUUUCGUAGUCUGCUUACAGUCAUAGAAAGAACAGGCAGUCUCUGGUGGUCACUCAGCUUAACUUCUCUGAAGACGUUUGCUUUGGGGGAGUUUUGUGUGGGAACACAUUGUCCUUCAGGUUUGCUUACAUGUUCCCUCUUUCCCCCAUCUCUCAAAUCUCCUUACUCUGUUUGCAGAAGUGAGGGAAGAAGUUGGGGAACAGGAUGGAAAUCAGUGGUACCUCAAGGAGACAGAUCAGCUCAUGAACCUCUGUUUGCCCUGAUAUCCUAGUUUGACUUCCUUGCCUAACAGCCCACUUGUGUACACUAUCUGGGUUCGCAACUUUCCAGAUACUGAGAUGAAAGUUGGCUUCUGUUUUUUGUUUUGUUUGUAAUCUCGUUUUGUCUUACAGGAUUUUGUUACGUAGAAUUUGAUGAGGUUGAAUCGCUUAAAGAAGCUCUGACAUACGAUGGAGCAGUAAGCUUACCAUUUUUAUAAAAUAGUAUUUGAAACUUGAUAGCUGCCCUUGCUGGAAUGACUGGUGGUAAGAUUUCUCCUCCUCUUCUUCUGCGUCCAACAGCUUUGGGGGGACCGGUCACUCCGAGUGGACAUUGCCGAAGGCAGGAAACAAGACAAAGGUGGCUUCGGUUUCAGAAAAGGUGGCGGCCCAGAGGACAGAGGUGAUGUUUAAAUAGCUGCUCUUUAAUAUAUGGCAAAUUGGAAUGAGUGCAUUAGUGCCGCCUUAAACUAGCAUGUGUGUAUGUAUAAUAUUAAGCUUUUAGUUUAGUUACCUACCACUUUCCAAUGGUAAACUGUGCCCAAAGUUGCUCACAAUAAGUUAGUAUUAUAUAAAUGUUAGUAUUAUCAAAAGACAAAACAUUUGGGGGGAAACUAUCUGUAUUGAACUUCAAUAAAUUCAAAGACAAGAAACACAGUUAAAUACAUAUGGGGAAAAAUUAGUCUUAAUGAUGGAAUAGUCUAGAGUUUGUGAUAAUGUAUUAUUGGAGUGGUAUAAUCUAGACUUCAUGCACCACAGGUUCAGAGCUAAAUCAAAACAAACAGGCCAGUAAAUAAAUCAAGAAGCUAAUCAGUUUCUAGUCUUGCUGCGCUCCAGGAGGCCACAGCAGUUCAGAAGAGGUGGGCAGCCUAGAUCGGGGUAGGCAGAAGGUAGUUUGCGAUCUAGAUAUUUGGGUGUUUCGUGGUGUAUUGGCAAAGAUUUCUGACUUCUAGUUGUUCAACAAUAGCAACAAGCAAAAUGUCAUACCUAAAUUAGAUUGCUGAAAUCUUGGAAUAUAAAUAUAAAGCAUUUAAACACACACACACAGAGUGUACUGUACUGUCUAAAAAGCAAACAAUAUUUAACAAGAAAUUGAUUUAUGUGUGGAAAGACUGAGUUCAGUUCAGUUCUUGGGCUCAGAACAAAUUCAUGUGCUCAGCAGUUGCACAGAGGUACCCUGUUCUUUAAUUCUAAGGGUAUGUCUUUUGCACCUGGCUCCAGCUGACAGAGUUCCAGUAAAACACAAAUUAGAUCCUGCAAGCUUGAAUAUUGCCCUCUGCUGGGCUGGGUGGUUCACAGCUGGUUCCAGGAGUGGCUGGUGGCAGGCAGCAAAAGGGAGUGGCAGUGGUGGCAAGUCCUCUUCUCCAACCUCUCUGGUGCUCUGGCUGCAAGCCAGGUCUUGUUGCGCACCAAGUGGCCAUAUCAUGUGCCAGCAAAUGCCCGCUUAGGAGACUUCAAGUGUUCUUGGAUGACUCAAGUAUGAGAAUCUCAUAGGUAGGCACAGAGCCAGGCAGGUGAGUAGCUUUAUCUCCUUAAAGGUUGGCAUGGGAGGAACCUCAAGGAAGCAAAUUGAAGGAGAGUGACUCGGGGAAGGAGCUACCUAGGCUCAAUUAUAAUCUGAGGAGCUGCAAGCAGUGACUUUUCAAGGUGUGGUAGUCACAAAAGCAGUUUUGGCUGAACUGUGGCUGGAGAUUUGGGUCUCCCUGCCUGCUGCUGUACAUCAUUGAGAAAUUGAAUUGGAGGGAAUAUUCUUGCUUUCUUGGCUAACUGGAGGGCAGGGAGAAUAAAUAGUUUGCCUCAACCUGACUUUUUUCAUUUUGCUUGAAAGCAAAUGUGUCCUAAUGCACUGCCACUCCGCAAACAUGGGAGGUGACUGCUUAGCUCUGAUGGUAGGCAGAUGCUCAGAAAAGGCUUAGUGUAGAUUGGUAUGCCAGCCUUUGAAGACAUGAGUUCCCCCAACUAUGUUUGAGUUGAGUUUCCCCCAACUAAAGUUAAGUAUGGAGUUUAAAACUACGUGGGAAAACAAGAUUGGCAUCGUGUAUCUUGAGGCGCUAAAGUAGAAAUGAGCAGUUAACUCAUAACCUCUUAAUGAUUUAAUUGGCGUCUUCAAAACCGUGCAUCUUACUGUUCUGAGUAAUGCUGGACUGUUUUAAUGCUGCCUUCUCUUUUGUUCUAAAGAGCUCCAGGCUCACACAGACAGAUCUAAACAGCUGUAUGUGUUUUGCUAGGCAGAAAAGUAUCCGGAGCAGAAAGGUAUUUCAAAGGCUGGGCUAUUUCAUGGUGUGGUGCUCUCUAAAACAAAAGGAGGCAGCAGCGUGAGCUCACAAGUGUUCAUCUACUAUUUUAUUAAUACCAUACAGUUUGAGCUGUUGGAUCCAAAAGGAAACAAACUUUUUUCUUGUUUAACUAAUAUCAAGAACCUUGAGCUUGCUAAUGCUCUACUUCAUAGCCUGGGCAACUGCAUGUGUCACAAGGUUGAGUGCUCCCAGAUAGAGGUGCAGCAGCUGAGACGGUUUGUGUAGUAGAUGUUGUUGCAGAAAAUGUGCCAUCUUCCUAACCUUAGCAGGUCCCCUCUGCCUCUUUGUGUAGUUUUGUGAUGUAAGUGGUUUAAGUGCAUCUCAGCUCAGGGAAAUAACGGAAAAGCUGUCUUUGAACAUUUGCGUUUUCUGAAGAUGCUGGCACUUCACAGGUCUCCUCAUUGCAACCUUCCUGCCCAGGCCUGGAUGGAUGAGCCUCCUUCUUUGAGAACUAAGAGCGGUGUCCUUUCCUGGGUUUUCAUGUGCCAACCACACCUCUGAUCUAGACACAUUCUCCUGCAGAGUACAAUUGCCCAGUGGUUGUGAAUGUGAGGAUUGCACCAGACGGAGAGAGCAUUGGGAUUUCCGCCCGCUGGCAGUGGAACCUUUUAGAUCUUCCCGCCUUCCCCAUUGACCCCUGCUUGUAAUGUGGCUUUCUUUUUAGGCAUGGGCGGAGGAGGUCCGCGGGAAGCACGAGGAGGUGGAUGGGAUUCCAGAGAUGACUUCAGUUCUGGUAGCAGUAUUUCUCCAUUUUCAUUUUCCUGAUUCCUCCUCGUCCCCUACCCCCACCAAAAAAUUUUUUUAUUCCCUUUUGCCUUUCUCUGUCAGACAUGCCUGUGAGCACAGAUCAUCCUAUGGCAGUCUGGUUGGCCACUAAGGCAGAAGCCCAAAACUUUAUCUGGAUGUUUCUUAAUUUUUGAAGACCGUGGCAAAGGUUGCAAGUCGUCUGUGUUUUGAUUGAAGGAUUUCAAUGUCUAGUCCUAGUUUGGGGUGGGGGUGGGGAGUUGAAAGUCUUCGAAGACUUGAGGGCAUGAAUAAGUGUUGGAUCUUUUUGACAAAUACAAGUACCUGAAUUGCUUUCAGAAGGCAUGGCUUGGAUUGUGCAGUUCUGAGUUGCUCUGUCUUAGCAUCAACUGGGACUCUGCUUCCAUCUGUCUGUCUCUUUUUGGUGCACACAACACUUCUGGAUCCUGUAAUAAAAGCAUCGGGCCCACUGGGUGAGAAGUAGAUGAGGAUAGGCCCAGGUAGCUUAUUCUCCGCCCCCUUCUUGAAAGCUUACUAACUUGCCUUUCAGCUGAACAUGCUGGAUUGCUUCUUUCCUGCAAUAUGGGCAGAGGCAAUUGGGAGAGGGGCGUAAAUAUAUGCUCUGGAUGUAGGACUAAGUUGGCUCCCAUCAACUGGGCAGACCAGCUCAAAGCGGGGUGUGUAGCCUUAUAUAGCUCUUUCCUUUUAUUCCUGUUUAUUGCUACACAGCACUAAACUAGCAAGAUGUUUUUGUAUGCACAAUCCAACCUCCACAGCUACCGUAAUGAGGGUUAUUCCUGUUUAACAGAUGAGAAUCUGGGAGUAUAAACCAAAUGCUUGUGGCUACGCAUUGUGUUCAUGGCAGAUGCUUGUACUUGAAAUUCAGCCACAUUCUUAGUUGCACAAGAAGAUGCUGGAGGCAUCCCAUAGUGGAUGGAGAUUGUAAGAUCAUCUUAUCCUCAAGUAGUUCAUUCUUCCCUCUCCUGUUCUGCUCCUGAUGCACUUAGACUGCUUUUUCCUUGUAUUUGAUCAUGUUUCAACCCCCACCCUCCUUUUGGCCAGAAAAAUUUCAAACUUAACUCUGUAAGCCUCUGUAAGUCUAGUAGUAGUAGUGGUAGUAGUAUUUAUUUAUUAUUAUUAGCAUUUCAAUUAAUAUACUGCUCUUUAACAGAAGUUCCCAGGUCAUUGUACAACAUUAAAAACACAUUACAGAAUGUCAGUGAUAAAAACAUAAUAAAAAGCAUACUGGUAGGCAGCCUAAUAAAAAGUAGUCAUUAUAAUUACAGUCCAUGCAUUUUUCUCUAGUCAGAAAUUUGAGGUUUCUUCUGGCAUCCUUGUAUAGGUAUGCAUAUGUCAGUUGGUGCAAAUUAUCCUCCCAUCUUAUUUUUGAGAGUACUUGCAAUAGGGAUGGAUUGCCUGUCGGUCAUAAGAAACCUCUUGGCAAAAAUGCAUGUAUGCAUCUUGAUUUUAGCAGCAAGGAUUACCUUCUUUCCAAAGCAACCACUCUUGCUUCAGUGCAUUCAUACUUGACACUCUCCAAAAGGAAGAAAUCGUAUGGGAUCGUGAUUUCAGGCUGCAGCAAUCUUACAUUUGUAUUGCAGUCUGCAGGUGUGAACCUUUUCUCCCUUUUUCUUUGAUCCCCCUCAUAAUAUCAACAAUCUAUUUUUCAAAAAAACCUCUUCCUUUUGCAAGGAAAUCUAACACAGCAACCCAAUCAAACUAAGAGAAUGAAAUAAGCACUUAACAGUAAAAUCAAGAGUGCCAAGUUUUUACACCACCACCAAGAGCCACGGCAUAGCAUUGGCACCAGGCAAUCCUCAAAAAAAAAAGCCAUGCCUUUACCUCUCAACGAACCUUGGGCAGCGUUAGGGCCCAUACAUGCCCUCGCUUUUGGAGGAGCUUUUCACUUUCUGUAGCUAGUUGUAUGAAACGGCAGAGUGCCUCUUCUCUUCCUGUUUCAUGGCCGUCAUCUCCUAGCCCAAUCUCUCCAGUGCAUCCUGCUUAACUAAAACCACUUCUGUCUCUUGGCAAGCCAAGCGUGCCAAGCUGGUCCUUCGGCCGCCACUCUACCGCAAGGUGCUCCCGCAGGUUGGAUGGAGCUGCUGGUGGGUUUGCCUCUGUGAGAAGCAAGGCUGUCGCUUCGGACAUGUCCGAAGAGCUGGCCCUUACUGCCGCGUCUCUCCCGACAGGUUUCAGAGAUGACGACUUCCUGGGAGGCCGGGGAGGCCGGACCCGUCCCGGGGACCGGCGAGGAGGAGCAGCCGGUCCACCCAUGGGAGGCACCGGUCGCUUCAGGGAUGGGCCUCCAGUGCGUGGCGCUUCCAUGGAUUUCAGAGAGCCAACUGAAGGUGGGCAGCCUUUGCUUUCUCCUGCAUUUUGGCCCAACUGAAUUGCUGCUGUCCACCGCUCUUGGCCUGCAGCAUUCAGUGACGUCAUCUGGAGGGUCGCACGUCAGUUGCGGCGACAGACGGCACUGUGAUACACCUUGAUUUUGAAAUGCUUUUUGGUUUCGUCCAUUUCAACAGAAGUUUGGACUUGUGAGUAUGAGACAUUCCAGAGUAGCAGGCCAUAACCGUCUGCUAUAACAGAUACACUGGAGAGUCUUAUGGAUCUCUUAAAGGCACCUGGCAUGAGGUUUCGUGGGGGGUGGGGUGUGCUACAGUCCAUGUAAAAUACAUCACACACUUGCAAGGAUAGUGAGCGGAGGAUUGUGCCAGUGGCAAAGAGAUGAACAUGAUAGGAGAUAUAAGGCUUUGCAUUUUUUGCUCUCAAUUCAUCUGCCUUCUUGAGGACUUCUCUGCUACUUUCAUGCAUUUGAAGUGGGCUCUAGCCUUAUACCAAAUAUAGGAUCCUGCGGUCCUCCAGAUCUUGUCGGACUACAACUCCUGUCGUCCCUGACCACUGUGCAUGCUGGCCGGGGCUGAUGGGAGUUGGGAGUUCAGCACCCGGAGGCUUCCUCUCCUUGAUCAAUCUGUCACAGGUGCCCUACGAUCCUUUGUUCAUUGGCUCACGGGACCGCCUGAGCUGCAUCUCAAGCAGAAAUGUUUCUUCUCUUCCAGAGGAAAGAGCCCAGCGGCCCAGACUCCAGCUCAAGCCCCGGACGGUUGCCACUCCUCUCAAUCAAGUAGCCAACCCCAAUUCUGCCAUCUUUGGUGGAGCCAAGCCGAGGGAGGAAAUAGUAAAGGAAGAGCAAGAAUGAGCUUGAGGGGUGGGAUGCAAUGGGAGGGGGUGGGCGGGAGAAAGGGGUUGAGGGAGGGGACUGGGGGUGGGGGUGGGAGACAAAACGCAAGACAGCCCAGAGUGUCUAACUGUGCUCGGAACAUUAACCCUGCAACCACCAUUCCUACCAUCUGACACCUGUCCUCCUUGAAACAGAAAAGGAAAAAUCAAAACAAAACAAACCAGAGCUUGCGAAUGCAUGUCAGCUGUUAACAAGUGGUUUUUAGUACGUUCUUGGCUUUGCUGUAUCUAGUGCCUGCAUUGUCUUAAGUUUCUCCCUCCCCCGCAAGCCAUUUCCCCCCAAACCCGGCACAUGGCUUCUGGCCAAUAAAUCGCUGCCCUCUUCCACAGAAGUCGACUUCUCUUCCCCCGGGGUGCUGCUUUCACCUUUUCUUCCUCUCUGGCUCUUUCCACUUCCGAGACACACGGGUUAGGGUUCAGUCCUGCUGCUCCACGUCGUUCCCUUCUGCCUUCCACGGUGCUUCUCUACCUCCACUGCAUGCUCACCACCGACAACCUCGUGGCCCCUCAACUCCGAGGAGUCCCGGCCAAGCGGAAGACGUCUUGAGCUCUAGAAUACAGCCCCUGUAGAAUUAGCUUAUGCAAUACAACGUUAAAUAGGAUUGCCACCCUUUAGCCCUUUGGCACUUUGGAAUAAUAUAUAUGUACAUAUAUAUACUGUAUAAAAUCAGUUCCACCCCUUCCCUUCCCUUCCCUUCCCGGCAGUGCCGCCAGCACUUUGCAGACCCCUGCCUGGGGCUGAGUUGCGUGUCAGCAGCCAAAUCUAGACAGGGCCCCCUGCUCUGCUGCUUCCUUGACUUGGCCUGCCGACUUCUCCCUGGCCUUCGAAGCUCGUGCCUCCUGUAGCACCCAAGGACUGUCUUCUUCCAGCAUUUUCUUUUUACAUAAUUGCUAACCACUUUUUAACUAGUUUCUGAAACCAAUAAAGUUUACUUUCCUUCCUUCCUUCCUUCCUUCCUUCGGCUCUGUUUCGAAGGAAACGGCUCUCUCCUCUCCCCUUCCAGCAUUCAGCUCUUGUCUCUUGGGCUGCCGUGCAGAACUUUGCUUUGCUUUCGUGCUUCGCCUCUCAAACAGACGGGAGGGGGUGACGCUCUCUUUGGAUUGCAGAACCCCAGUGUCUUUGUGCCGCUAAAGGCAACAGGUGAUUGCAAACCCCUGUCUCUCCAUGCCGGAAGGAUUCUGCUUGAAAAGGUUUGAUGGCGCACUUAAAGAGCGAGCAGAAUACUGAACCGUUGGGUGACCAAGAAGGGAGCUGUUUCUCGCUCGCAGGUUAUUGCUUUCAGUGUGAGGUCUGGUCAAGGUGUGAACACCUGCAGUGCCUGACAUGGAUGCUUAGGGUAUCCGGUUGUAGCUUUGGAACAGGUAGAAUUGAAAGCAGCAGAUGUGUUAUUCUUCCUCUCCCCUUAAAAAAAAAAAAAAGACAUGUCCAUUGUGUAAAAACAGGUUCCAAUUUGUAUAGGCAAAUGUUCCAAGGGCUAGCCUCCCCUUGGAUAUCAUAGUAUAAAUGUCUCUUCCCGCCCCUGUCUUUCAGUCCACUUCUAAGAAUAAGAACCAUUUGUCUAACACUACUUUUCUUUCGAGACAUGCAUUUUUUGUGUGUGUGUGUAUGUGUGUGUGGUUGUGUUCCAAUCGAAAUCCAUCCAGUAGCCGCUCUUCCUUUCAAAAUGUGGAAGACCCGAGAUUUUAAGAGCAAAAGCAAAAAAAAGAAAAAGAGGAUGCCCAUGCAAAACUCACCUGGUAGUCAAUCCGUUUGACUUUUAAACGUGUAAAGACAAGUUUCCAAACACUCAACACAUUCUGCUUCAUGACAAAGUAAAUUUAUGGAUAUGGUAUUUUGUGAAUGAACUUUUAAAUAAAGAAAACAUUAAGUAAUAUUUAAGACUGGUCUGUGUUGAAGUCUGUUCACCAUCUGGGCAGAGAAGAGUUGUCGGGGCUGUCAGAUUUGUUCAAGGGGCAACAGUUUAUAGAAUGGAAAACCAAAAAGGAUGUUCUGCAGAC